AUUAAAUUUAAAGCUUUGGUGAAAUGUUGCUGCUGCAACGGCCACAAUUUGUUGUGGCUCAGUGUUGUCCCUGUGUUGUUGCCCAUAAAAUAAGCCACUAACUCGGUGCUCGGGAUGCGGAAUGAUGCCCCACGGAUUACACAAAAGGAUUAAAUAACAAAUGGCAAAUGUCAGCGGCAACAGCAGCAGCAGCAACAGCAUCAAUCCAGGACUGAUGAUGGAGAAAUCAAAGUGAAUAGAGAGCGAGGGAAAUCAAGUGGAAAAGAUGAGAAUUAAAAUGCAAGCAGCUGCAGGAAAAAGCGAGAAAAUCACGAAACUGCAGCCAGAACCAAGGGGCAACAACUUAUGAAAACGACCCAAAAAAAAAGGGAAAAGGGCAAAUAGAAAUCCGAAAACGAAUCAAGCCAAACGGCAAAAAACAACGAACCAAGGAGGAAAAUUAAAGAGCAACAAUUACAAGGGAAAACUUGCACACACACACACACAAAAAAAAAGGAGAGGAAUAAAGCGAAUUUUGUGAAAAGUCAAGGUGGAGUCCAGCCAACGGAAAAUGCCCAAAAUGGAUACAUUUUCCACUGCGGUUCUUCCCCGCUGCCAUUUGGCAACGGCCUUCUUCCUUCUAGUCCUAACCGCAGCUCUGUCCACAAUGGUCCAAGCCGAACAGCACCCGGCCACGGCCGACGAAGGACCCUUAUCGGAGGUUCUCACUGCUGUGGGAUCGGAGGUGGCUCUGCCCUGUGAUCUUUUGCCGGGCACACAGAUUGCCGAUAAAGUGCAACUGGUCAUUUGGUAUCGUGAGGGAAGCGUAAAGCCCAUUUACACCUUUGAUGCCCGAAAUCGUCCUCUGACCCAGGCCAUUCCCUGGGCGGAUGAGAGUGUUUUCAAUAAGAAGGCUCACUUCCAUUACGAUGGCACACCGCCUGCCCUAAGGAUCAAGAAUAUACAGACCACGGAUGCAGGUCUCUACAAGUGUCGUGUGGAUUUCCACAAGUCACCAACACGUAAUUGGCGCAUUAAUGUGACUGUGCUGGUUCCCCCCACCAAGCUCAUCAUAAUGGAUCAUCAUGGUGCCGAGAUACGGGACCAGACCGCAGGACCCUAUUUAGAGGGCGAUAGCAUCGAUUUGACCUGCCUUUCUAGUGGUGGAGUGCCACCGCCAAGGGUUUCCUGGUGGCGUGAGCAUGCCCUGAUCGAUGACUCCUUUCAGGUCCUGCCCGAUGGCUCUGUUCGCAAUAUCCUGCGACUGAAAAACAUUCAGCGGAAGGAUCUGCUAACGAUGUACACCUGCCAGGCCACCAAUGGCCAUGUGGUCCCUGCUCUGACCAAGAAAGUUAUCCUCGACAUGAAUCGUAAUUCCCCUCUCAGUCUGCUUUUGCAAGGACUCAACCAUGCCGUAGUGGCGGGCACAAGGACUCAUGUGACCUGCACGGCCAUAGGAGCUCGUCCGCCACCCAUAAUUAUGUGGUCCAAGGCGGGACAGCCCGUAAAAGGAGCCACAGCAUCCACUUCCUCUGAUGGCAAUACAACCAUAUCGGAGCUAAUGUUAAUACCCGUGCCCGAGGACAAUGAAAGGCAGGUGGUUUGCUCCAUUUCCCUGAAUGCUGGAAUCACUUCGCAGCAACUCCACGAAGGACACACCACUGUGAUGACCACCAUGGGCAAUGGACAUACAGGACUGCAUCUCAAGGACUCCCGAGUGCUGAAUGUGACACAUGCACCUAUUGUCAACCUGAAUCUGGGAGCUCCACUCGAUCCGAAUAAUCUGCUCAAGGGCUCCGAUGUCUAUUUGGAGUGCGAUGUGAAGGCCAAUCCGGGUAUAACUCGAGUCGAGUGGUAUCACAGUGACAAGCAACUGCAUUCCUCCCGCGGCAUCAUCAUCUCCAACCAAACGCUCGUCCUGCAGGGAAUUUCGAAAUCCUCGCAUGGCCAGUAUUUCUGCAGGGCCACCAACCUGCAGGGCAGUGUGUCCAGCAACGAAGUCUACUUGGAUGUGAAGUAUCCACCCGUUUGCAAGUCGGAAUCAACGAUUAUACGUGCCGCGCUCAAGCAGACAAUCAACAUCACCUGCGAGGUGGACGCCAAUCCACUCGAUAAUCUAAAUUACAAGUGGCACUUCAACAACUCGCUGGAGAGCCUCAUCGAGCUGCCCCAACUGGGAGCUGUACCGAUGAUGCUGGCCCCCGGCCUGGACUCGACUCCGAACGGAUAUUAUCAGCGGAGCAAGCGGAAGCACUCGCACGGAAUGCAGCAGCGCCUGCUCCACGGCCGACACGGACGCAUGGCAGCCGUGAGGUUUGAGGAUGAGGACGAGUACUACGGCGAGCAGCUGGACGAGGAGGAGAAUGAGGAGGAGCUGCCGUACACACAAAUGGUCUACUCCAAUAUGGUGCACAAAAACCACGUGGAGAUCAACAAGCAGCUGCAGCGGAAGCAGCCAUCCCAGCAACAGAACCAACAGCAUCUCCAGUCCGGUGGCUCCAUCUCGGACACGCAUCACCCUUCAUCCUCCCUGUCCUCCUCCGCCAUCCAGCUGGCGGAGCGCAAGAGACUCUCGGCCCUGCACAAGCAGCAGCAUCAUCGUGGCGGUGUGGUCACGCCCCCGACAACCACCGCUGCUCCGCCGCUGAACAACGUGUACAGCUAUCACGUGGAUAGCUACGAGUCCUUCGGCGCCAUUUCCUGCGUGGCCAGCAGUCCGAUGGGCCACAGUCAACCCUGCUGGUAUCACAUCCAGCCGGCAGAUCUACCCGAACCCGUGAAGAACUGCUCGGCCUUUAAUGCCACAGCCAAUUCCCUGCAGAUUCAAUGCAUUCCCGGCUAUGAUGGUGGCAUUCCCCAGCACUUUCAUGCCCAGAUCUAUGACGAACUGAACCGCCAGAUACUGUACAAUGCGUCCUACAAGUACCCGGAGUUUACGGUGAAGCGUCUGCCCAGCGAUUCGGUGUUCGUCAUCCGGAUAACGGCCGUGAAUGCCCAGGGAGCCAGCAAAGUGGCAUAUCGCCUGCGAGGACGUACACUGUCGGCGCCUCUGCUGCGGACAGCCUCAUCGACGGCAGUGCUGGUGCAGCUGACACCCCUGCUGGGCGCCCUGGUCGGUGUGAUUGCCACACUCAUCCUGGUGGCCAUUUGCGUGGUGAUCUUUAUCAAAUUCCGCAGCAAACGGGGCGGCGGCGGGCGGAGGCAUGGGAAUGGUGGCGAGGCCACCACCACCGAGGCGGACAAGGGCAGUGCGGAGCCACUUUCCCGUAACAUGGGCAGCCACUCCAGUUUGGAGGACAAAAACCCGGAUGUGGUGCCCCAGGAGGCCAACAGCGAGGACGAAUUCCAUCAGGAGGAGAAGGCCUUCGACCGAUUGAAUAUGGAAUCGCAACGGAUUUUGUACACCCCGCCGACGCGGAUUAAUACCGCCUCCCCGCCGCCGCCAUCGUUGUCGCCCACCUUUGGCAAACAGUACGGUGAACUAUCGCUAACCACGAACCCUGCAUUCAGCCUGUAUAACACGCCCCAGCGAGCUCCUGCCGUUCAGCGACCUGUUUACACCGCUCCGCCGCCCCUGCUGUCCACGCGGACGCCCCCCAAUAUCUACACCCGCAUCCCGGGCAGAGGUGGCGCCGGCAGCGGUGCAACGGUGACCUCGGCGGGAGCCACUGGCUAUCACCUGCCGGCGUACGAGACCAGGACCUCGCCCACCUCCCCCUAUGGAUCCACCACGACCUGCACAAUGCCCCUGCUGGGUGGCCAAUCCAAUGGAUCGCUGCAGACCAAUGGGAGCAGCGGUGGCAGUGGUCUCGUAGUCGGCGGGGCGUGUAAUACAUUGCCACAUCCCGGUAGCCUGCAUGGACUCCAUGGAGGCGGUGGCAUCUCGGCGGCGUUGACCAGUUCGGUGACCAGUGGCAACAUUACCAUCGGGGCGGCUCAGUCGCUGCUGACCUCGCCACGGUCCCAGACCGCCACAUAUAGCACCACGCUGGGCGGAAUGGGCACCGUGGGGGUGCAGUCGCCGCUCCUGAUGAGCGGCGGCCUUGGGAACUACGAGACGGUGAGCUCCUGAGAGUUAGCCAAAGAGGACGUCAAGUGUCAGAUCGUGUGCAUCGGGGGGAGCAGUACGUGCACCACCACCACUCUGGGCGCCGAGCGCACCACCAUUGUCUAAGGAACAUAUACUUAAUACCCUAAGGAACUGUCGCAGAGGUAACUGAAUCCCAAAAUCUGUAUUAUAGUAGGUAAGCUCCAUCGACAAGACUUCCACAAAAAAAAAAGCAAAACAAAAGUAGCAGCUGGAAAAACUAAACUAGAAAUCUUAAACAUAUAUAUAUAUAUAUAGUUAAAGCCCAGAUUGUAAAGGAUUUAGCAUUGUUUUCGAACCCACAAAGAGAAAGGCAUUUAUUUAGUUUAAACAAAUCGAGAAUCUGUCUUUGUGCGCUAAAAAAAACCGAGAAACAUAAUGAGCUAUGCUUGUGAAAUUAACAAAACAAAACAAAAAAACUAGUACUAAUCGCAAUUAGUUAAGCUAUAUAGAUGUGUAUAUAUGUAACCUAAUUUAGGAUCAGGUCUGCUAAUACUUAAACUAGUUGUAGCCUAAACUAAAUUGAACUUAGUUAGUCACAUUGCGAAUCUACGAAAAGACUAUCCCUAUGAUAAAAUUACAGAAUUUAAUGGCAUAUCUCUAUAAAAGAAAAACAUAUAGCACAACCACACAACACGACAUCUGAAAUAGGCGCAAACUACAUAAAUAUAUACAUAUAUAUUAUAAACGAUACGAUACAAUACGAUAUAUGGAUAUGGUGUGGCGUGUAUGUGUGCAUCGAAUCAUACUUUGUUAAAUGUGGAAUGAAAUUUUAUAAGCAUCUGUUGUCGACAACUACUUUUUCAGCUCUAUAUAGUACGAAUAUAAAUAUAUAUAUAUAAAUGAUCUGUAUGUAUCCAAGAUUAAAGUGCGCAAAACCAACAACCUGCCCCCCAGAAGAACCCCCUUUUUCCCAAUUCAAUUUCAUCGAACUUACAACCCGCUUUACACCUACUUCCCACCAUCAACGAACCCAACAUGCAAAGUGCUUCUUCAAUGACAAAAUCAAAUUGAAUUGUGACUCGAAUUAUAAAUUGGAAAAACAAAUCGAAUACAAACACUAAAAAAAUGGAAACGAAAAAACUUGAGAAUGAAAUUUAGUUUUAAGGACCUUCGACUCUUUAAGUAUGUUUAACUUUAUAUUCUUAAUUAACCCCUUGAUUAUAUUUAUUUCUUGUGUUUCGAAAAUUAAGUAAUUUACGUUCAGUCCCGAUUUUUAAUGUACAAUUAAACUUAAUAUUUGCAAAUGAGCAAAACCAAGUGAAAAUAAGUGAACAAAAAAUAAAGAACAAAAUGUGUAUAA